CAGAACCCGGAUGCACGUUAUAAAAAGAGCGAACAGGCCUUCAAGCCUCCUUUUCGUGAAGGAGCGACGAGGACGCGUAGCGCGCUUCCUGACUCACCGCUGUUCGCUGUUGGCGUUAUUUCCACGAAUAAGUCGGUCAGGAAUUUAUAACCAUGGCGUUUAAAGACACUGGUAAGGCUCCUGUUGAGGCUGAGGUGGCGAUUCACCGUAUCCGUAUCACUCUGACCAGCCGCAACGUCAAGUCUUUGGAAAAAGUGUGUGCUGAUUUGAUCCGAGGUGCCAAGGAGAAGAGUCUGAAAGUGAAGGGACCUGUGCGUAUGCCCACCAAGACUCUUCGCAUCACUACUCGCAAGACACCUUGUGGCGAAGGUUCCAAGACCUGGGACAGAUUCCAGAUGCGGAUUCACAAGCGCCUCAUUGACCUACACAGUCCGUCUGAGAUUGUCAAGCAGAUCACCAGCAUCAGCAUUGAGCCUGGUGUUGAGGUGGAGGUCACCAUUGCUGAUGCAUAAUUGCUGUCUUCCAACUAAAUCAGCUGUUUGCCAUCAGCUUAAUAAAAGAUUUUUUUGGA